AUGGUGUCCGUGGUCACGUUCGAUAUUAACGAAGAUGGAGUAUUGAAAGUAAAUGCUUUUGAUCCUAAAACUUUAAAAACGGCUGGUGUCACUACCACUGACUUUAACACGUUUUUGUCAAAGGAAGAGAUUCAGAAGUUGAAGGAUAAUGAAGAAAUCUACAAGCGAGAGAAGCAAGAAUCGCGUCAGACCCAGAAUGCAAAACAUACCUUGGAGAAGUUCUGUUUUGAUUAG